UUUGAGACUCCGAACAGAAGUAAUGUACAUUUUCUGUAGUGGAAUUCUGAAACAUUUCAUCAAUUCAAAAUCAUGUUUACAAGCAAUUCUUUUUAGAAAAAGUCAUGAAGUAUCAAACUGAUAAAAGUAUGUUUUUUCAAGCUGAUAGAGCGCCCAGGAUCUCCAAGACCCCAAACAGAACAUCAUGGUUAAAAACCAGUGAAAGAUAAUAAAAAUAUUUAAUGAUUAUUGAUAUGAUUUAUUCUCAUCUCAAAUCCACCCCCCGUGCCUUUCAACAGAUACAAUGGAAGUGCUCACACUGCUGCUUAUGUUCCUCACAGUUUCUGGAUAUUCUCAUGUUUUGCAACCCGGACUGACAGUCACCCAGAUAGCUGGGCUGGACAGAGACCACCAGUCUGACAUGAGGAGUGAGCAGCUGAGAGAUGUUUCCAUAUCAGUGGAGGAGAAAGAAAACGCUGCAGAAUCCACUGAGGGAAAGAAAACAGAGGAGGAACAGAGGAGGGAAGGAUUGACUCAAACAAAAACAGAGGAAUUCUCUGUUGCUGACAUAGUGACAGAUUUAGAUACAGAUAGAGAAGUGGGGAGGAGAGAACAUGGACUCAAUCUUGUCAUAGAAUCAGAGAAAACAGAGUCAAAUGAGGAGACAGUAAAAGCAAUCCUGACCGGCAACACAAAAACAUGGGAGGCGAUAAAAACAGAUGACGAGACAGAUGAGCAGUUUAAGAGCAAGCAAGAAAUAGUGGAAGAGGAAAGAGAGAGCAAGCUGGUUGCAGGGAUUAGUCUUCAUAAAGGGACUAGAGGGGAAAACAUGUUAACUGUAAAUCAAGAAAAUGUGGAAGAGAAAAGAGGAAAUGAGGAAAGAGAGAAAAUAGCCGAAGAGGGUGAGAUGAUAAAAAAUGCAAACCACAGCGAAUUAGUAAGAGAAAAGGAAGAUCACAAGGUAGUUAGCGAUCUCACACCUCCUUUAAUCACAUCCUCUACUAUCACUCAGUCUCAAAGUCCUCCUGAGUUUCCUCAUCCUGUUCAUCAUCAUAAUGUCCCUCCAUCACCCACGCAGGUCUCCGCUCACCCUCCCACUCCUCACAACAAAGUCAGUCCUCACUUCUCUCCGUCUGUCACUCUUCCCAAUCCCACAACAAUCAAUCCCAUCUCAGUCUCAACAGGGCUUCCUGGCGAGGGGAGGUCCGUCUUGCUGCUUGAAGAUCUCCUCACUGAGGUGUUGCAGAGUCCUGGACAUCUUCUCAAGCAGGGUGAACUGGAAGUAAAGGGUAACCCACAUUUAGAGGAUGUAAUGGUCAGAAAUGUAUUGUUUAAACCUGCAAGGAAGGAGCUACAAACCAGCGUUGUUCAACCAAAAUAUAUGACUGAAUUUAUCCCUGAGGUGCAAGUAGCAACACCAAAACCCAAAGAAGUAAAGUUUAUAACCAAAGAUUUAAAAGAGCCAAAUCCUACACCGAAAUCAAAUGAAAAUAAUCCCACGGUCGAGCUCAAACCAAACCUGACUCAGCCCACAGGCGAACCCAAAACAUUUAAACUGAUGGAAAAUGACACCAAACUUGCAGUGAAGCAAAAUAAAGCAUCUCCUCCUCAACCACAACAGACCAAACCGUCAGCCAGACCGCGCAUGUCAUCUGCCAAAACACCUUUAAUGAAGCCAAUGAAAAUCAGCAGAAGUAGUAAAAAUAAGACAAAUAAGAAGUCCAAGGAAAAGAAAAGGAAAAAGGACAAUAAGACCCAAAAGCCAUCAGAGAAGAAGAAGAUGAAGGGCAUCAUGCCAACGCACUUUCCUUACUUUGAGGACGACUACUGUCCUCCUGAGUGUGUCUGCUAUGGAAGAGUGGUCCAGUGCUCAGACAAAGGCAUGGACAAGGUUCCUUAUGGUAUUCCCUAUAAUGCCCGCUACAUCCUCCUCAUGAAUAACCACAUCAACAGCAUCCAGCUCGACCUGCUCAAUGAAUAUGUCUCUAUGGAGUUCCUUGUGUUGAGCAACAAUCGGCUCACAGAUAGCGCCAUAGAGGGGGCCUUUGAGGGGGUCCCGGCUCUGAAGCGCCUUUACCUGGAUAGGAACCUCCUAGACAGCGUGCCAACUGAUCUUCCAGUGUCUGUCGAAGAACUUCGUUUGGACAAUAACCAUCUGAGUGCGAUGUCUGAGGCAGCCUGGUCCCGAUGCCCCCGCCUCUUGGUUUUGAGCCUUAGCAACAACAGCCUAGGGAAUGGAUCUGAAUCUCUGCCUAAUGCAGUGCUCUCUCCCCUGUGCAACUUGCGCACUCUAAACCUGGAUCACAACCAGUUAAUAUCGGUUCCUCUGGGCUUACCACUGUCCAUCAAGGAGCUCUACCUCAAAGGGAACCUCAUUGAGCAUUUCCGUGGAGGAGCCUUCAAUGGGGUAUCAGAGCUGUUGCUGUUAGAUCUGAGCGCAAACAGACUGACAAACAAGGGUCUUCUCAAGGAGUCCCUUCACAAUGCAACUCACUUGGAAAGCCUCAACUUAGAGGGGAACAGACUAAAACAAGUGCCACGACACCUCCCCUUGUCACUUAAAACUCUAAAUCUGGAGGGCAACCUCAUAACUUCCAUAAAGAAAGUGGAUUUUGGUACCUUGAAAAACCUGGAACACUUGGGUUUAGCAAGGAAUAAAAUCUUCAAAGUGGCACCGGGGGCCUUCAGGACAUUGCCCGUCCUGCACCAGUUAGACCUGUGCCACAACACCUUGCACCAGGUGCCCAGACAGCUGCCGGAGGCUCUGCACUCAGUAGCACUCAACCACAACAAGAUUCAAUCAGUGCCUCGUGAUGCUUUCUGCUGGGGUAAUAAAAGUGUGAGUCUCAGCAGGCUUGUACGAGUGCAGUUGGAACACAAUUUAAUUGAUAUGGGGAAGUUGGAUGCACAGGCUUUCAGGUGUUUACGGGGAUUCCAGGUGGUGCACUUCUACUGAACCUUCAUAAAAUACAUAAAUGUUGAGACUGUCCUCCCCCGAAAAAUGCCCCCAUGAGCCAUUUGUUCAAGCAGCAAUUAUGAUUCAUGUUUAUGUUUAUAGCAUGUAGUGGCGUACACUCUAGUGGCCGUAGUAAAUAUUAUGGGAGCAAAGCAGGAUGUAAGGUGACGAGGUAUAAGAGCGCCAAAUUCUGUGUAAGGAGGGGUGGGUCAAACAAACACAAGGACAAGGACAUGGACUGUUUUCCUAAACUAUAGGGUUGGAGAACAAUGGUUUACUUUACAUGCAACAGGAAUAGUCUAAGAGAUCAGUAACCAGACGUAUAUGUGAUUGCCAAAUUUCAAUCUAUUAUAUACUUUACUGGUGGUUUUCUAAUGACCAUUUUUUAAAACACAACCAUUUAGCUGUAUUUCCAGGCAACAUUUGGUUUCCAAUUAUUACAGCAACAUUUGUUGAAACUUCCAUGAGAUCACAGACACAUUUAUAAUCUGGAUUUGAUAUCUUUAAUCCAUCCUGGUGAUACAGUGAAUAGUCAGCUGCCAAAAAGCAUUUAUGUUUAAUUUGGCAGAAAUGUUAUAAAUAUGAGUUCUUAUAGGCAGUUUUUAAAUCAUCUGCGCUGGCACUUUGACAAAAAAAUACACAUUAAUGUGGGAGUUUCUCUUUCAGGCACAUUUAAAGUGUCUGCAAGAUCAUUUUCAUACCACAGUGAAAUGUAUAACUUCCUGGAAAUUAAUUUAAAAAUAACUUGCUGAAAUUGCAUUCUUUGGAAAACUACUUGCAGUUACACAAGUAAACCAUGCAUACACUCUAUAUGUGGAUUGACAUAGUUUAUGGCGUAAGGGUUAAAUACAGAUAUGUCCAAACAAGCUCAGUAGGUUGUUACAAAGUUUAAAACCUUUGUCUUCUAUUGUAGGUUUCAAGUUUCUAGAAUGUGGACCUAUGGAUGUUGAGGCUUUUGGGGCUAUUAAAGACCUCUCCACUGAUUAUCUCCAUGUUCAUAUAUUUCCCUGUGAGCUUAUUGAUUGCAAUCACCCCAUACUCUAUAUGUGACUUAACAUUUGGUUAUGAAAUCAAGUUCUUUAUAAUCAUUCAUGUAGACAAGCUCUGCUGGUUGUUACAUCUC